CAAAAAAAACUUUGUAUGAACACUCAUAGCACGAUGAAUACAUCGGGUGGGGUUCAGACGCAAAUUCUUCCCAACAACAUUAACACGGUGCUUAAGGUGUACCCAUCAAUGUUUGUUACGAGCACUUCACACUCCAAGACAAAACAGCCUCGCAUUGAGCUGACACUAGAUAAAGCGUUGAAAAAUGACAGCAGUUUUGUUGUAUGCCUUUUGACUCCAACCCAACAUUAGGUAGAACUCAAACUCAGCCCUUAGCAAUCACAGCGAGGCCAGCAUGUCAUCUCACCUUCUUGAGCCUCAGUCAUUGGACGGCCUGUCAUGCGAACGAAUUCAAGAGUUCAAAGCAAAUAUUAUUAGCCAACAAUACAAACAUCGUUAAAGUAAAUGUCGAUGGAAAUCGGCGGCAACCCGUUCUUUAACAAAUACUAUAACUCGCUCAAGAAAUUAAGUAUGAAGACGUAUUGCAGCAGCCUAGCACACCACAUCUUCUCCAAUGUUGGCUACAUCAACACUUCGAACAGCAGAGCCUUGAGCACCAUCAUCGAUAUUGAUUUGGCGCGGCAACAGCACCAGUCCAGCCCGCAUGAGCCUCAGUCAAGGACGAACCUUCCCCUCCACCUGACCCUAGCAGCCUCAGUCCACGACGACCCUUCCACUCGACCUGACCCUAGCGCCUCCACCUUGACCUACAGCCUCAAAAGAUUACAUUAUUAUCCAAGAAGAAGAACAUUGUUGAAGUAAAUGUUGAAAACAGUCCAAACCCCCUUCUCACACAAAUACUACAAGUCGCUCGAGACAUUCAGCACGCCACCUAUGAACAUCUCGCACAAAAACAACAAGUUGUUCAAGAAAUUCAGCACGCCACCUAUGAAC